GUGUGGUGUUACAUAACUUCCCAAACCCUUCUACUCAUUAUGACAAGUUUCGUACAUGGGUCAUCAAUGCUGGUCUUGUCGGAGAGGAUGAUGAUUAUGUGUUCAGAUGCAGAAGAAUUUGCCGUCUCCAUUUUGAACAAAUUUAUCACUAUCCAAAAAAUAGAUUGAGUAGAUUAGCUGUGCCAACACUGCAUCUCCCAGGUGCACCACAAAUUGCAACUGACGAUAGACCAGUGCCCAUGGUGGUAGAUGACUUACAACCUAGCACAAGUACCAGUGGCUCCACUAUAGGUCAUCAGUUUGAACACCAAUCCAAAAGGCAGCUAUAUAAAACUAUAGCAAAAACAGGUCAUCAGUUUGAACACCAAUCCGAAAGGGAGCUAUAUAAAACUAUAGCAAAAACACAAUGUGAGCUGAAAAGGUGCAAAAAAGCUAAAGUUGGAUUAAUCCAGAAGCUAAAAAUAGCCAGAAAAUUCACUCAUUCUGAAGCUUACCGAGCUGUGACUAAAAACUUAUUACCAGCAGCAAAAACCUUCUUCGACAUGCAAAUAAGGCAGUCAAAGAAACACCCCAAAGGACACCGUUUUACUUUGGAUGAAAAAAUACUGGCCUUGUCGUUGUAUAAGCCUAGUCCAAAGGCUUACCGGUUACUAAGCCAAAUAUGUGUUCUGCCGAAGAAAAGCACUUUAAAUAAGUUGAUGGCAAAAGCAUUUUUGUUGCCUGGACCUAAUGACGUCAUAUUUCGACACCUAAAGCAAAGAGUGGAUAAAAUGCCCGAAAGCCAUAAAUAUUGCACUGUCAUAUUCGACGAGAUGGCCAUUGCUGCUAAUUUAACCUACGAUAAGCUAAGUGAUAGCAUAAAGGGAUUUUGUGACGAAGGGACUGAAAGAACAAAGUCUUUUGCUGACCAUGCACUAGUUUUCAUGAUCAGAGGAGUAUUUAAAAAAUAUAAACAGCCCAUCGCAUUUAGUUUUUGCUCUGGAACAACAAGUUCCUCCAGCUUAAAAAAGCAAAUAAAACUUAUUUUAAAGAAAAUAAUUGGAACUGGACUAAAGGUACUUUCAGUCACAUGUGACCAGGGCUCAACAAAUAUGGCAGCAAUCAAUUUAUUGAUUAAAGAAACUAAAGAGGAGUAUGUAAAGAAGAACAAAGAAUUUAAAGGUGGCUUUUUUGAAAUUGACGAAAGAAUAAUUUACCCCAUUUAUGAUCCGCCACACCUUAUGAAAGGCAUAAGAAACAAUCUAAUCACAAAAAAUUUAGAGUAUGUCCUAGAUGGCCAAAAACGCACCGCAAAAUGGGCUCACUUGGAGACUUUAUACAAAAGAGCCCCUAGAUAUAAGGGACUACGUUUAGUUCCCAAAUUGACGGCGCGACAUGUGAUCCCGAAACUCAUCCCUAAGAUGAGAGUAAAAUACUGCACACAAGUGUUCAGUAGAACUGUCAGUGUGGCCAUGGGAUUCAUAGCAGAAACUGGCCAGAUCCCUCAAGAAAGCACCGACACAGCUGAGCUGUUAUUAUUUUUCGACCGUUUAUUCGAUUCAGUUAAUGGAAACUACAACAAAAUUGUGAAAGGAAAAGUGUACAGGUCUGCAGUCUCACCAAAAUCGCCACAUAACAAAUUAUGGCAUAAGAGUUUGCCUGUUCUAAAGAGCAUGAAGUUUAUUAGUGCACAAGCAAAGCCAAAGGUGGUACCGUCUAUUACUAGCUGGAUUAAAACAUUACAAGCAUUUCAGCAAAUAACUAAAAAGUUACACAGCUUAGGUUUGCGAUCUGUGCUGCUGCGCAAUUUCAACCAAGACCCGCUUGAGAAUUUCUUUGGCUCGAUACGGGCUCAUGGGCAACGAAAUGUAAUGCCAACGUCAAAUUUAUUUGAGGCUUCGUACAAAGCACUCUUAAUUAAUAAUAUGGUUUCGCCUAAGUCGUUAGGGGCUAAUUGCGAGAGUGAUGACUGUCAUUGUUUGCAAAGCUUAAAAUAUUUUUUAACUCAAAACAUCUCCAGGCCUUUACCUAAAGCAAUAGAAAUUGAUAGCAAUCAUUUAAAUAUACAACUAACAAAUGUUGAAAAUUUAUUAAAUAAUGAAAAUCCAAGCGCAAUUGAAAAAUGUGCAGCAGCAGCAUACUGCUGUGGAUGGCUGUUAAAUUUAGUUUCCAAAAAAAUUACCCAUAAUUGUACACAGUGUAAAAAUGUGCUAGAAGGGGAUAGUGAAGAAAAGUAUCAAAAAUUCAUAACUUUGAAAAAAAAUACGAGUACAACUAUUCUUCACUAUCCCAGCAAAUGUUUGCUGGAGUGCUUGAUACAUAUUGAAGAGAUAACUAUAGAUAUCUUAAAAACUAGCGCACCUAAGACUUAA